AUGGCUCUGAUAACAGACGAUAUGGAUUUGGAGAAGCAAUAUUCUCCUAGCAAGUGGUCUAGAAGAUUCUCGACAUCACAAAAAGUAUUACAACACCACGUAGACUUCGUCAGCGCAGCAAGUGAAGCAGCUAUAAACAACGUGCCUCAUAAACUAGAGAUCGAGUACGGUUCUACUCCAGGACAAAAGCUAGACAUUUUAGGAACCGACCUUCCCGACGAUUCACCGAUUCUUGUGUAUGUACAUGGCGGUUACUGGCAGGAACUGUCUCGUGAACUGUCGCGAUACCCAGCACAGCCUCUUUACCGCUUUAGGAUAAAGACCAUCGUGAUUGGCUACGACCUCUGUCCGGCUGCCACGCUACCAGAAAUUGUAAACCAGAUACAAAAUGCCGCGAAAUUCGUAUUUUCAUACGCUGAAAAAAUGGGUUCGAGGGGAGUUUAUUUUGCGGGUCACUCAGCAGGAGCACAUUUAGUUGCAAAGCUCCUAUCGAACUCCGAUUUCCUUGAACACACGCCAGGGUCGUACCGUCUGCAAGGUGCCUUUCUGAUAUCAGGUGUUUUUGACCUUCGAGAAUUAAUCCACACAUCAGUGAACAUGGCGGUGCAGUUACCUAGAGAGUGGGCGGUGCCUUUGUCUCCUCAAUUCGAUUGUUUCACUCACCUCCAGGCCAGAAGAGUGCGGGUCUACAUCCUGGCCGGGCAACACGAUAGUCCUACCUUCAAAAAGCAGUCGAGAGAGUUCUUUGAGCUUCUAUAUAAUACCUGCCUGAUGCAGAACAUGUAUCUAGAAAUAAAAGACAAUAUGGACCAUUUCGAUAUUGUUGAAUGUUUCGCAAAUGAUGAUAACUAUCUUAAGAAUUUGUUGGUACACGAUAUAAGGAAGCAUUUAUAA